AUGUCUGUUAUAAGUGGAGGCUCCGAUGAUCGAAAUCCAUUCGGUACUAGUCCAUUAUCGGUUUCAUCGUUUCCGAUGAAUCAAGAUUAUGUACCAUCCGCAAUUAACGGGGGGCCUCAAUCGACUAUUUGUUCUUCAGCCAUAGCCGCAAAUACUAUACUCCCACCCGAACAAGCAAACAUUAAUUUUAAACCCACCACCACAGCCAUCACAAAAAUAUCAAAAUUAAAAUUACACGUUUUAUUAGAUUCUACAAUAUAUACGGCAGGUGGUUUAUUAACUGGAAGAAUAGUAUUAACAAGUUCUUCUGCACGCUCAUUAAAACUUGGAGAAAUCUCUGUAGAACUAACAGCUUAUGAAGAAUUAUCUGUAAAAGAGUAUACUGCUUCACAAUCUUUUUUAUCUUCAAGAUUAGUUUUUCAAAAUGAAAAUUUACCACCUUCUAAUGCUGUACAUGGUCCAAAAGAAAAUGGUUAUUGGACAGCGAGAAAAGGAAAGACCACUUUUCCGUUUGCUUUUAAAAUUCCUGUUGAUGCGCCAACUUCUGUUGAAUAUGGAAACCUGGCAUGUCUAAAAUAUAUUGUAACUGGAGUUGUUCAAUUUAAGAAUAAUAAUAAAGAAGAUACACUAUUAAAAUCAAAAGAAGCCCUUGUUGUUGAGGCUUGGGAUGGACAAAAUCCAAUCUACAAACAACCUGUAGAUGGUGUUAAUAUGAAACAAUUAUGGAUGGGUGGAUCGGGUGCUAUUACGUUGGAAGGGACAUUGGCAGAGACGUUAUUUCAAAGUGGUGGAAAUGUUAGUGUACAAGUUAGGGUGAAAAAUGAAACCAAAAGAAGGGUUCAAGGGUUAAAGAUUGCUAUCACGCACAAACUUUUAAUUCUUGCUAAUAAAAAUAAAAAAGAAAUUGAUGAGGUUAAAAUUGUUGGAGAUACGAUAGCUGAAGCAUGGUUUAAAAAUAAGGAUUACUUAUUUGAUUGUGGAGAGGAUCUUGUGUGUUAUAUUGUAAUAUCUUUAUACUUGGGACCUUUUACAAAGGAUCUUACAGUUCAACUUCCUGUUUACAUUGCACAUUCCGCAUCUUUACAACCGGCUCCUAUAGCCGAUGCAGAUUUGAAUGUAUUUCCAAAUCAUUAUAAUAUGAUGGACGAAAAUGUAGAUUUUUUUGUUGAAGAUAUCAGAAAAGAUGAUGGUGAAGUUUUAGGUUUUGUGUCAACACCGGUAAAUAUUCCAUCAAAUAAUGGCGAUAGAGUACUUCCUUGGUCAAAUGCGGAGGAUGAUGGUCGUGGACGUUAUUCACCUACGAAAAGUUCAGCUGGGUCAUAUAUGUUUGGUUCGGCAAGCCCAAAGAAAAUUGGAUCUUUUGCAUCAUCUUUGCUUGGAAGACCAAAACAAACGGCAACACCAAAUCCAUUAAAACUGAUUGCAAAAUCUCCACCAUUAGCUCCUGCAUCACCUUACGCGUAUAUUCCAGCCAUUGAACGUGUAAGAUAUCUUACUUUUACAACACAAGAACAAGGAGCCAUACAAAAACGCCCUUUUGGUGCAGCUUCGGGAUUUGGAGGUUAUGGAAAACACAAUGAAAUACAGGAAUUGUCACCACCUACCUCAGAAUAUGAAUUUAUUAAUACACCACCCGAACCAGAACACGAUGUUAAAAAGUGGCUUGAGAAACAACAUAAUAAUCAAUCUGAAGGAUCAAGCCCAGUUUUGUCGGAUGGAGAACCUGUUGCCACACCUGGUGGAAAAUCCCCUUGGGCGCAUAUUAUUCGAAGCCAAGAAAUUGCAAGUACUUCACCUCGUUCACAUUCUCCAUUGUUUAAGCAAAAUAUUCCUUUUGAUUCGAAUGGUCAAGGAACCACUCCAAUUGAUAUUCCAAUACAUGAUUCAGAUUUUUCAUCAGAUUCAUUUAAACGAAAUGAGAGUUUAGUAUCUUCACCUUCAGGUCCAUCAGGAUUAACUCUAUUGAUGAGAAAAAAGGCCUCAAUACCUACAAUUCAUGAUAAUACGUUUGAAGUAUCAUCAUCCACAACAAACGAAACAUAUGAUCAUGUUCCUAAAGGUCGUCCUCUACCAAUACCAAAACCUAAAGCAAUUGAGAUUAUUGAUGAUAAAAGUUCAGAGUUUUUUCAAGUUCCCAUACUUGAACAAGAAAAACCUAAAACACCGCCUGUGAAUAAUCUUAAUACAAGUGCCGCAAAUACUGGAGGAGGAAAUUUGUCAUCAUUAUUUAAAUGGGGAUCUUCUUGGAUUGGAUAUGAAGCAUCGAAUGAUCAAAGUCAAUUACAAAGCAUAGAAGAGAAUGCAUCUAACGAAAUUCCAAAGAAUAAACCUCGUAGACAGCUUCCACCUCCUCCGACAACACCAAUGCCAGAAAUGAACAAUAACAUGACGGACCAUUCAUCAAUUAAUCCUAUCCCCGAUGAAAAUCCAGUUCUUAAAACGAAAAUGCGUCGCAGACUACCUGCCGUUCCAACUUCUCCCCAGAAUCCAAUAACAUCUAAUAACCCAAUUAUAGAGGAAAAGGAAAACCCUUCUAAUAAUAUUUCACAUUCACCUCCUCAAAAUAUUUUUACCAGCCAAAUAAAUAACGAUCCACCCUCACCAUCCAAGCCUAUAUUGAUUGACAAAUCGGAUAAACCUUCAUUUAUUCCACAGAAACCUUCAUACUUUCCUGCAAUACCAAUAACUAAAGCGUCAAUUUUUGCUGCUUUAGGACAAAAACCUUUCGGAAUUACUAGCCCACCAAAGCAAAAAGGAUUUAAUGUUAAACGUAAACCAUUGGAACUUAAUACUCUUGCGAAAGACGAUCCUAAAAUUGCUGAAAUGAUUAAAAACGAGUUAAAAGCAUCGGAGAAUCAAAGUGAUAAUCAAAAUGUUUCCUCUAAACAAGCGAAUUACAAACUUGCUAUUCCACCAGCUGUGCCACCGAAAAAUUCUGCUCCAACAUCAGCUCAAGUUACAACAUCUGUUCCUAUUUCCACCAAAUCUAUUGAAAACAAAAGUACAAACAUGUCGUCCGAUCCCCCAAUUGAUCCCAUAAAAGUACUAGCAUCUCCGACAACUUAUGUAAACAAUACAAUUGCUAAGCCAAUUGUAGCAAUAAGUGAAAAGGAUAAUUUUGAAGAAAUACUUUAUAUUAAUCAAAGGAAAAAGAGAGGAAACAAAAAUAAUGAUGAAAAUAAGGAAGAAAAUGAGGAAGAAGGUAGACUAACAGCAAAGAUAACAGAACCACCAAAACCUGUUCUUUCGCCUAGAUUACAAGAAUAUAUUAAGAAAUAUAAUAAUGCCACGGCUCUUGGAAUUCAUUCGAAUGGAAGACCAUCGAAAAAAUGGAGAGAUUAUCUUACGGCUUGGUCAGAAUAUACUCUUGGAAUUGCAAAGAAUCCGAAAGAUACAGUUUUAUGGUGUAAUCGAGCCCUUUCUUGUCUCAAAGCUGGUCACCCAGAAUUGGCAAUCAUUGAUGCACAACGAGCACAAACCUUUUAA